AUGCAAUACAAGGAGACACCACAGCACUACAGUUGGCAGCAGUGCGGUGCCCUGAGUAUUCUACAUCAGCAUGCAAUACAAGGAGACAUCACAGAACUACAGUUGGCAGCAGUGCGGUGGCUGGCGUACAGUCGGACCCAACCUAGUGUAGACCCCAGAGUGCUGUACAAGCUGCUCACAUCACUAGAGAACACUUGGCCUAUGGAAGUGCUGUCCAGGGAAGAGGAAGAGUGGUUAGCCGACUCUUUCAACAUUUUUCUGGAUUAUUCGCUUCAACUUAUCAGGAAACAUCGAAUACUCUUCCCUCCUCAUCACCGACCCUCAAUGUCUCGCUUGGAACAUCUUUUAAGAUGCUUAGGAUUGCUGUCUUCCAUGAAGGCCUAUUGGAAAGUUUGUCCUUUCAAUAAAGAAGUCAGAGGAGAAAUUAUGCAAUCGCUGAAAAAGGGAACCCAAGAAUGGUACGAAGAGCAACACAAAGGCAUGGCUAACAUGCGAGCAGACCCGGACACUAGGAUUCUUGCUCUCGUCAAACUCAUCACAGCCUUCAUAGUCGAUCUUCAGAAAGGCACUGACUACUACAACGGACUUUUCGAGAGCACCAAUGGAGUUUCUUAUUUCUGUGCUGUUUACAAACAUCUGGAAAAACUUAUGGCCAAGGAAUUCUCAAGAGUGGUGGAUAUUCUUGAGGUGGUGAACGACCUCGGGCCCGAGAUGUCUACGUUGUGUCAACAACUGAGGAUAACAGAGCUGGGAGUUGAGCCUCCGAAUCUUCCACCGGGGGCUGAAGUGGGAACUCCGAUCUUUGAGCUUUACCUCUCCGUGCAGGAAUUUAUCAGUUUCAGAGAACAUCUGCCGGAACACAAGUCCUUAUCAGUCCACAGCUACUACGAGUGGUUUGAACCUGCUGUUGACAAGUGGCUUGACUUGGCAAAGUUCAAGGCAUUAAACAGAAUAAAGAAAGCUGCAGAGCUAAACAGAUUCUGCUCAGGGGACUACAUUGUCAAACAUAGCACAUCAGCUGUGGAUACAUCUGCUGUGUUUUAUCAGUUAAAAGAGUUUUGGAAGCAACUGGCUUGGCCUGAUAUUAUUGGUUCCUACAAUUUGGUUGUCAAACUGAUAGAUUGCAUAUGCAGUGGCGCCAUUUACUAUGCCCAACUUACCCAGCAGAAGCUACAAGAGACGGGGUAUUACGAGGAUAAUUCCGCCUUCCGCACCACCGAUGAGAUGUGUGUCGCAAUGAAUGACCUGGAGUACGUGAGACGCAGUGUGACUCUACUGCCUGAUGAGCUUCAGGUCGAGGCGGUGUUGGAGGCUGUAGACGCCGCAGGGGAUCAUUCCACCCAAUGGCGAGACAAUAUUACUCAGCUGCUUGACUCCGCUACCCAUCAGCUACUAGCCGAUGUCAUGAUGAUUAUCAACCGCAUUGGUGUUAAGAUGCGACCAGCCUUAAAAAAGUCCAUGUUUCACCUCGCAUGGUCACCCGACUCCCUUCCAACCAGUGACGCCAUCACUCCCCUUCUAGAAUACCUCGACUCCCACCUGAUUGCGCUCAACUCUGCCUUGCUGCCACGCAACUUCGAGCGUGUGCUGGCGCUUGUCUGGGACACGUGCGUUACUGAGUUGGCACACCAGAUGGAUGGUCAUGCGCAGGACAAGAUGCCCGGCUUUUACGACCGACUCUACGAAGCGCUGGAUUUUCUAGCAGAAUUCUUCCAUGCCGAUGGCAAAGGCCUGAAUCUGGAAGGUUUGAAGACAGAGGUUUACCGCGGUGUGGAGCAGAGGCUAGGUUACCACAAGACUGAGACAGAACAGCUGAUCAACAUGUACUACAUAGAGCGUCUGCAAGAACAGUUUAUCACCGAGGCGACACCGUAUGGCGUGCUGACUGUACGAGCGUACUUCCAUCAUGACUCUCUCUGUGUGGAAGUACUGAACGCCAGAGACGUCAUACCACUAGAUCCCAAUGGUUUUAGUGACCCAUUCGUCAUAGUAGAACUUCUGCCAAAAACUCUGUUCCCGCAUUGCAACGAACAAGUCACAAAUGUACAGAAGAAAACUUUGAAUCCGCUAUUUGAUGAAUGUUUUGAAUUCUCGGUGAGUCUAGACCAGUGUCGAGCUGACGGAGCGAUGGUGGCGUUUACAGUGAUGGACCAUGACGUACUCACAGCUAACGACUUUGCUGGGGAGGCGUUCCUGUCUCUUGGCUCCAUCCCUGGAGUCAACAGUGCUUGCAAUGCAGACAACUUCCACGGCCUCAAACAACUGGAGCUGCCACUCAUGCACCAGAAGAACAAAAAUCACCCGAUCCUUCAAACGUUGGAGCUGAGAACAUGGGACAAGUCUGCACAAGAGUUUGUCAAAAAGCAGAAACAACGGAUCGCGACGUCCUAGUCCACCCCAUGUGCCUUGUGGCUUUACUUCCUUCUAGUGCUGACUAUGCACAAAUAUAUCUUCAAACCCUCACUGUCUUCACGAUGUCUCAUCGAAUCUCGAUUGACAAAAAAUGCUGUCCAUGAUACAAUAAUUAUGUACAUGACUUUGUCUUGUGUGUUGACAAUGUGUUGUCGAUGUAAAGAUGUGAGCGGAGUUCUCCGAGGUAUAAACCGGAUUUUAUAAUCCACAUAUUGAUGUCUUAAUGGCCUUGUAGCUUUUUAUAGUGCUACUGAAGUGCUCCAACCUCCAACAUCUCCAUUCCUGUCAAGGGUGUUCAGAUAAUAAGGUAACGUUCAUGUUCGUACGAUCUCAAACUGUGUUUUGCUUUUGUACUUUACCUUUACGAAAGUGUCGACCAUAUUUUAUUAUUUUAUAGAUUAAUAGAUUAUACAGUUCACAUUUUUUUGUCUGUUUAAGGAUUUUCUAAACUAAAAGUCCUUUGUGGAAUUUAGGUUUACGUUUUUGUUUUGUACAGGGUGACACAAAGGAACCGGACGUUUUUUAAAGAAGUAGUACACAGUAGUUAAAUGGAAUAAAAUGGUUUUAAUACUGUACAUAGUGAGGUAAACAUUUGCCAUUUGUUACAAAACAGUCAUUUUUUGAAAAUGACGCCAUGCAUAUGGCGGCCAUGUACUUCUCUACAAAAUGUUCAUUCUGGUCUGAAAAGCAUCUGUAACUCGGGUCAGGAGGUCUUGUUCAAUGCCAUUGAUAUCUUAUGUGAUUCCCAACUUCAAAUCCUCUGGAGUGCGUGGUUAGUGAGCAUAAACACGCUCCUUAAGAAACCCCCAAAGGAAGUAAUCACUAGUGGACAAGUCAGGUGACCUUGGCGGCCACGGUAUGUCACCAAAGAGAGAAAUCACCUUGUUAUGAAACAUUCAUUCAAUACUGCACUCACUCCGGCGACGUUUUCGGGUGUUCUCGAAGUUCUAACAAGGCAUGGUGUUUUCUUUCUUGUAGGGAUGGUCAAGUCUCGAAAUUUCGGGAAAUUUUCGGGAAAUUUUCAAUCUCGUCACACGAGACGAGAUUACUUUUUGGCCGAGAUUUUUAUCGAGACAAGAAUAAAAAAAAAAAAAAAAAAAAAAAAAUUAAAAACGCCUGCAGAAAGUCAAUGCAAUACCCGCAAUACAGGAACGUGUUGUAGCUGCGUUUCCUUUUCGAAGGCGUUUUUAUUUAAUUAAUUCUUUUAAUGUAAAUAUUACUUUAAUUCUUUUAAUGUAAAUAUUACUUUCAUUAUUUUAAUAAUAUUACUUUAAUAACAUUUGAGAAGUUUUGUUAAGUGUAAGCAGUGUGAGGAAUGUUUUAUUACUAUAAAAAAAGUCAAAACCAGUAACUAUUUUAUAAAAAUUAAUAUUGCUUUUAUUUUAUGAUUUAUUUUAUUUUAGGAUAAGUUGAACUCUAUCCUAACUGAUAUCACCAUGUUUCCUAAUCGUAGGCAU